AUGCGUAUUUUAGCGUUGUUGUCUUUAUGUUAUUUUAUGCAUAUUUCGAACAGUGAAAGUUUAAGUAAUUUAUUGGGCUAUUAUUUGGGAUUUCGUCGCCUAUGCUUGUGCCGAUGUGGUGUGCAACAAGGUCAGAAAAGUGGAAUACAUAGUCGAAUGCUUGGCGGAGAAACAAUUCAGCCUUUGCAAAUGCCAUGGUUGGUUUAUAUUCACACAAACAAAACAUUUACGGGAACUCUUAUAUCGAACAGACAUGUCAUCACAGCUGCCUCUAAUCUAUAUGACAUAUUACCAUCAAAAGUAUCAGUGACUUUGGGAUCUAAUGGACUCUGUGAUAAAGCGCCAUCAGCGUUCAAUGCGAGUGUUGAGGCAAUAUUAAUAAAUCCUAAAUAUUCACCGAGUAGAAAAAACAACGAUAUUGCAUUGAUAAAAUUACACAAUGAAGUUCUAUUUACUGCAGUUAUUGCUCCAAUUUGUAUGCCCAUAUAUGAUAUUGGUAAUAUACAACAAUUAGCAGAAGUAGCAUCAGUAGCGACUGACGAGAAAAAGAUAUCUACGUAUUGUGCUGCUCACACCGCAUCCUUGCCAAUAUUAUCCGAAAGAUCAUGUUUAUCUGCUAUCAACUCCUCAUUUGUAACUCCAGAUAAAGGUUGUUUGGGUCCCGUUGGUGCUAUUGGGACUUUGUGUCAGUCAGACAUAGGUGCACCAGUGAUGACGCGUUUUACCACUUUAAGCCCAUACAGAUUGAUUGGAGUAUUAUCGUCGGCAUCGUGUUAUGAAAAGCAAACGUCGCUUUAUACCAGAAUAAUAGAUCAUCUUCCAUGGAUUCAUGAGAAUAUUCGCCGGGAUUGCCAGUGCUUUUAA